AUGUCGUAUGAUUAUUUAUUCAAAUUUAUUAUUAUUGGCGAUACUGGUAAAUUUUCUACAGUUUAUCAUAAAGGAGUGGGAAAAAGUUGCCUUCUCUUACAUUUUACGGAUAAACGAUUUCAGUACGUUCACGACUUGACUAUCGGAGUCGAAUUUGGCGCAAAAACAGUCAAAGUGGCAGGCAAACAAAUAAAAUUACAAAUAUGGGACACCGCUGGAGAAGAAUCCUUUCGUUCAAUCACUCGUUCUUAUUACAGAGGAGCAGCUGGUGCAAUUCUUGUCUACGAUAUUAGUCGCCGAGAAUCAUUCGACCACGUCGCUUCUUGGCUUGAUGAUGCACGUAAGAAUUGCCUUGGAGAUAUGCAGGUGACUUUAGUAGGGAACAAGAAGUUGUUUUUAAGGAAAUUUUGUUUAUAGUGAUUUAUCGAACAAGCGAGUUGUUUCGGAGAUA